GAAUCUUUUUGACACAAGGGGGGGAGUCCCAAGAGAACAUUAUGCAAUCUUUUCUGGAGACGGACGAGGACUUCAUGGACGUCGUCAGGUGUUCCUUUGAGAUGUCACCGCAUCUGGCGACCGUUGGAUCAUGUGCGGUCAUAGGGGUAGUGAGCAAGGCCAAGUUGUUUGUUGGAAACCUCGGCGAUUCGCGUGCAGUCUUAGGAACGGUGGACGGAAGCGCGGACAGCGGCAACUGUCUUGCUGUUCCACUGUCACAAGUUCAUAAUGUGAACAACGAGGAUGUAAGAAGAGAAUUGAUAUCGAAAUUCCCGGACGACCGGCAGAUCGUAACGGAAAGGCGAGGAGUUUAUCGAGUGAAGGGCAAAGUUCAGGUCACUCGCGCUUUUGGAGAUUGCUAUCUAAAGGCACGAGAGUUCAAUCAGGAGCCAUUGUUCCCACGGUUCCGUGUCCCGGAGCCGUUCUAUCCACCGGUCAUUACAGCAGAGCCAGAGGUCACCAUGCGGCUUCUCUCCCCGCAAGAUCAAUUCAUCAUUUUUGCAUCGGAUGGCCUGUGGGAAUACGUCACUCCACAAGAGGCUGUUGAUGUUGUGUAUCAUACCAACCGUGGAGAUGUUGCGCGCAUGCUCAUCAAGUUUACACUGCAGAGGGCGGCAAAGAAGCAUGACAUGACGUACGGAGAUCUUCUGAAGCUGAGCCGCGGGCAGCGGCGAGAGUUCCACGACGAUAUCACAGUGAUCAUCUUCUUCUUCACAAAGGAUGUCAAUGACACACUGUGGGGUGAGUCUACGUACCACUCGGUACGGGGUAACGGAAACGACUCUAUCCGGGGGGACACGGUCUUCGAGCCAGAUCGACAGAUACAGGAUGAGGAAGAGAUGGACCUGUUUGGAGUUGACGAUGGGUAAAGUUUGUCGCAAAAGGCAUGCUUAACAUGCUUUCAUGAUCGUCAAUCAACGUACAAGCAAGCUUUCUCGCGGGCCCUUCUUUUCUUCUGCGAAAGGCAAAGGACAAGGACUUCCCAGAGCACGAACGCGUAUUUCCCCCUUCGAGGGACUACUUGUUAUGAAAUGCAUGGGGUUAGUGGCGAAACAUACUGCAGUCAGGAGAGCCACCCACUUCCCAUUUCCAUCGUGCAGGGCACCAAGGCAGAAUGAUCGACACCCCACUUGUUCCUGUUGCCGGCAUUUGCGUUGGCGAUAAGUGGCAGUUGCUGCUGCUUUUUUCAUCUGAUUGUAUAUCGAUUCGAACUUGGGUCUGUAUUUCAACAGUUCAUUGGGUGUACCAACUGAGCUAGGCUCGUUGGUGGCAGUUGCUGCUGCUGUUAGGACUUCGGCAUCAGAUCUGAGAGAGGAGGGUCUGAUUACAGGUAUGAGGCCCAGGUGAUUAUGGUACCCCUACUACCCCAUCAUAUUUGUAAGCAGAGGGUCUGUAUUUCAACAGUUCAUCUGAUUUUUAAGCACCAAUGGUAGGUGUCUAUCGACAGAAACAGAAGCACAGGUAAUUAUGGUACCCCUACUACCCCAUCAUAUGUGUAUCGUGAGUCGGUCGUCUGUGGCCAGUUCUGUCAAGUGUUGAAGAUCAAUCUCAACUAUCUAUUGAUGCCAGAGCAAUGUUGAUGAAGGCAUGUUGGUGGGCUGUAGUCCGUGGACACAGACACAGUCAAAUGGCUUGGAUGAAAGUCUAUUCGUAUUGACAAAAAAUGAAAGUCGAAGCGAUUACGUGGUGUGGCUCUUCACACGUGUAUUGUCAGUCGUUUGUGGUGAUUCGUCUAUUCUUCGUAUCGACAGAAAUCGACGGUCGAUGUUAGACAGUUGUCUUUCGACAGAGCAGAGAUGACUGAGGCAUGUCGAUGGCCAGUUGUGUGUGAGCACGGACAACGCCAAGCGAGCGCACGGAUCGACGUCUACUCUGACAGAACGACGUUCACUGCUUUUUCCAUGAUGCACACGCAGCAAUCCUGCACGGAAUCGAACUGUUGAUCUCAUCCAUAACCGCUCGACAGAGGUCAUGACCACUUCAACUGUUACAUGGUGUUCUUGCCUUAAGAAACCACCCUUAGACGUGGGCAGCGUCAGACAGCCAGGAUCAAACGCGCCCAUUUUGGGCGUGCCACUCCCGUAUAUAUACUGUAUCGGACCUAUCGGUGGCAAAGAUAGGUAUAACAUAUAUCGAUCGCACUAGCGAACGGAAGACGGCUCAAAGAAUUCAGCGAUUUCUGUCAUCUAUUUGGCAUGUCACGCCACAUGUCGCAACUUCAAAUCAAACACAGCAGUGAUG